AUGGAGCGAUCUCGUGGUCUAAAGAACCCUUCAGUGGAAGAGAAGAGAUUGGAGCUGGAAAGCAAAAUGGCGCUGUUGGAGGCAGAGGAAAAGGUUCAUGAUGAGUGUCACAGACAGCGCAUGGAAGAGGUCCGAGCCAGAAUUCACAAGAUAGAGCAGGAAAAUGACUCCAUGAGCAAAAGGAUUGCUGAACUGAAGGACCCCACGAGACCAACCAGAGAGGCUCUUCUUGACAGACCCAAGGAGCUGAGGGCUUAUGGCCACUUGACACUGGACGAGGCCAUAGAUAAAGUUCAUGACAAGAAUCUGAGGCUGCAGAAACAGAUAAAUGCCCUCAAUGCCAAGAAGAAGACGGAGACAGAAAAAAUGAAACAGGAUGUUAGCCGGCCUGCUGCUGUUCGCCAAAAGGAAAAAAGUAGGCGGUCAGAGCUGGAGGAAAAAUUGGAGAAAAAACAGUUAGAGUGUGAGGAGCUCAGGAGGGUCUAUGCUGAAGAGAAACGGCUCACCCAACAGGUAAAGGAGAGCAAUCUGACAUGAUAAGGAUAACACUACCAAAAAGAUAAAUUAAGUUGUUUCUAAUCUUAUCUUUUCUAAUCUAGGCAAAGGAGAGUACUCUGACCUUGGAAAACCGGAUGAUAGAAAUGGAAAAGAAGGUCCAGAAGAAAAGGGAGGACGUGGAGGCCUUGAAGUCGGGCCUCAGCACCGCACAGCAUCUGAAAAAGCAGGAACUGGCUAAGCUGGACAAGAUGCAGAAACACUCCAAAGAGCAGGAGAGGUUGCAUGAAGAAAAAAUAGACAACCUAAAGAAAAAACUUCAGGAGCUCAAGGACCACAACCAAGAACUGGAGAGACAGCAUCUGAGAUCAGCUCAACAGAAAGCUGAAGAGGACAGCAAAGGCCCCAGCCCCAGGACAGCAGAUGAGGAGGAGGAGAUAGCCUUGAGGGAGACCUGUCUGAAGCUGAUGCGGGUCACUGGAGCUGCUCGUGUGACAGACUUAGCCAAGUGCUUUGCUGCACAAAAAGAAAGACUCCAACGUCUGGAGGAUGAGGUGAAAGAGAAGAUGAAGAUGCCACGGCAGCCGAUGAAGGAGGACCUUUUUCAGAAGUUACAGGACAUGAAAGUUAUCAGAGUGGCUGAGAAGGUCUCCAGUGACAAGAAGACUCAGGUGAAGGUCAGCAAGCAGCUAGUGCAGUCUGUACAGAGAGAGCCAAAGCUUGAAACUCUUUACCGUCUCAGGCUGGAGGGUCUCGCCGAUAGACUCAAACACAUCAAGCUACCUGAGGACAGAGCUGUGGAGGUGUCUCCAGACUCCGAAGACUACUUAUCAACACUGAAGACUGAGUGUGAUCUGAAGAUGCAGAUCCUGCGCCAGAGGUUUGAAGGAAAAGAUAUAGAUGCUAUCCAGAAGAGGAUGGAGGAGUCAAACUUCCUGGCCUACUUGGAGAAAGAAAAACAAGAGGCUAACCUCUCCGCGCUGCCACAAGAUGAAAGUCUGGAUGACUUUGAGGUCCUGGACGACAGUGCAGAGGAUGAUCCUGACAUCCUCACCCGAGAGCAGCUGAAGGCUCAGUCUCAGAAAAUUGUGGACUUCCACUCCAAGAGGAGACAGUGGCAGAAAAAGAAGGGCAAGUGAUGACAUAUCCUGCUGACUACACUACUCCAGAUAUGCAGAAAAUCAAAAUAAAAAUGUGUGCAGUUUGAGAUUUGAUUGAAGAGUGCUCAUUCUUUAAUGUAUUUUGAUCAAAAGUUCAAAGUUCACUGAAACCAAAAAUUGUUUUAUAUUACAGCAGUUAAAAAAAACCUUGAACUUUUACAUGAGUUUAAAAGGAUAUCCUUCACAAUGUCUCUAACUUUUCUUGUUAAAAGCACAAAGGUAAAAGUGCUCCUUAUUUAUUUUUGAGAAGAUUAAAAUGCAUUGAAAUUGGAUUAACUGUAUUUCCUCACUGCAGCAAAUCAACAGCAAUGUGUGAGUAAAAUCAUCUACUUGCUUAAUUUGCGCGAAUCUAGACGCGUGGAUGAAUAGCAUUUACUAGCUUUAGUCGCCCAUCAAAUUCCUUGGAUAAUGAUGCCGUGGACACGAGAAAUUUAAGUGAAGUAGAAAUGAACCACAUUGUGAAGAUUGCUUCUAUUUAUUUCUUGUGGGGAGGAGAGAGGAGGAGAGACACUCGCACUCAUUAAAUAAAUAUCUUUUUGCACUAUUUAUAGUUGAAGAGAUUCAACAAAAGGCACCAACCAUGGAUAAGUUAAAGGGUGCAGGGUCACAUAUUUAAGUACUGUACCCCAUCAACCCCUUAUCUGUUUUGCCUGCUUUUGUGGUGCUCCUGUUCUUUUCAUGUGAAAAAUGAAAAAAGUAAUUAUAAAAAAGAGAACUCAUACUCAAACUCAUAGAUUUGCUAACUUCUAACAUUUUAUUUUCUCUAAAUUUCAGGCCAACGCAAAAUGAGGAAUGGAGAUUCCUCUGAGUAUUCUGACUCACACGAUUCUUAUGAGGAUCGGAAGAGGAAGAAGAAGAGGAAGAAACUCAGUCUGAUGAUGGCUGGAAGAAGAGCAAAAAACCCUCAUCAUUUGGAAAGAGAGGUAACCCAUCAUCUGGAAAAAGAUGGCUCACAUUUCUAUUGCUUCUGAAACAACGGACCCACAAAGAGAACUGUUGUUUACAUUACACUUCAGCAAUAUUAUGCACCAUUUAUUUAUUUAUUUAUUUAUUUUAAAUGCCCCCAAAAUUUGGUAAAUGCACCCCAUUUUAUACAUUGAAGGCAAAAGUUUAACUUGUUUUAUUCAUUUUGAUUACAUCACAUUGAAACGAGAUGACCUGGUAGCUAUUGUUUUUUUGUUUUUGAUGUUAAGGUAACACUCUCCCAUCCACCCAAACACAAUCUUAUAUAGACUAUAUUUACCAGAGUCAAGGCUGGCCCUAUUACAAAACAGCUAUGUAGAGAGUAUCCACAGCUGUAUCAAUUUAACCGCUGAUUGAAGAAGAGUAGUACACUGCAGACACAAGAUGACUGGUUUAACCCUGAUCUUCAUGUCAUGUCAGGAUUAUAAAUAUAUUUGGAGUUAUUACACAGUGUUAAUCUAUAUUUUCUUUUUAUGAUCUGUUUUGUAGUUCUGAGCCCAGAGGACAUUGUCCACCGCUCCAAAGUAGUCCUAAAAGUCCUUAGGCGAAAUCACAGCAUGACCAACACCUGUGAAGAACUUGGAGUGGACAGGAAUACCACUGCAGGGAGUGCGGUCAUUGCAGAUGUCAUGAUAGCCAUAGACGGCGCAGACUUUGGGGAGCUGCCGCUCUUCAAAGAAGAACAGACUUUAGCACAAAAUUAUACAAGGCAUUUCUAGAUGCCAACAAACCCCUGCAGGAAAAAAACUGAAAGAAUGAGGAAGGCCACACAGCUGCUUCCUAUCAAAUAUAAAAUGCCAAAGUGAGGGGUCAAGGGGGAGGGAUGAAACUCUUAGGUGCAGUAAUUUCAUGUCAUUUAAAAAAAAAACUAUUACUUUAAUGUAUUACUGCACUGUCUUUUUGUUUUAUCUGGUGGGGAUUCAACUACAUUUCUUGUAUCCAAAAACCUUUUAGUGGGUAGUUGGACCCUGAUUUCUUUUCUCCAGAGGUCUUUUAGCUUUGCCCCUAGAGUUUAAAAUCGUUGAAUAACUGUUGACUGGCCACUCCCUGCCAUUUCCAGUAGUAUGUUGUCAGCCUUACUUGUUUUAUUUAGGCAUAGUAGUAGUAGGCAUUGUCAGUUUGCACAUUGGAUCAACAAAGUUUUAUUUUGUUAUUAUUAUUUCUGCUUCUUCUGAACCUGACACUUGUUUUGGAGUUAAAUUCCACAGAACUGCCCUUUGCACUUUUUCAUAACAUGUACUCCUUUUUUUGAAAUAUAAGUACA